AUGACCUCCCAGGUGCUCUGGGUUUUGGUUGCAUUUUCCGGCAUCCUCAGUGUGACCUCCUAUGAGAUGUUCAAGUGUCCAAAAAUUUGCCACUGCACAGCCUCCAGCUUCCAAUGCAGCAAUGAGACUCAAGUGGCUUCUGAAAGUGACACCAGAUCCAUAGUUCUCAAACACCUGGAUCUCAAAGAACUUCCAACUCAUGCCUUCAAAGAACUGAUCAACAUAAAAUUAAUUAUGAUUUAUUACUGCACCGCGACCCGGAUACAGAAGCACGCCUUUCUCUCCAUCCCCGGCUUGAGAGAAAUCACUCUUAAAAACAUGAAACAUUUGAGGACAAUUGAAAAGGGUGCCUUCACUGAUCUGCCUGAUUUGAAUUAUUUAUGCAUCUUUGGCACUGGGGUGAUUCACUUCCCCGACUUAUCCACUAUAUCUUCCUUGGCCUUCCCGUUCAGCCUAAAAAUGCAAGAAAACAUGGCCAUAGAAAAUAUCCCUGCCAAUUCCUUCAAUGGUAUGACAAAGAUGCCCAGUGACAUAAGCCUGAUUGGAAGCGGUUUUAAGGAAAUCAACCCACAUGCAUUUAAUGGAACCUUCAUCAGAACGCUGGAUUUAAGGCACAACAGACAUCUAUGCAACAUUCCAGAAGAUGCUUUCGAGGGAGCCUUGGGCCCGCUUUAUCUGGAUGUGUCCUCCACAGCAUUGAGCUCCCUCCCUCGGAAAGGGUUGGAGCAGGUAAAGCGCCUGAAAGCCAAAUCUGCUUUUGCACUGAAGCGCCUUCCUCCAUUAGACAGCCUGGCCGAGCUGGGGGCGGCCGAACUGACUUACGCAAGCCAGUGCUGUGCUUUCCACUUGUGGUACAGCAAGCAUAGACAAGAGGCCCUCGAGAAUCCAUCGCCGUUUUGUGAAUCGAUUCACACAAAUUUAGGUCGAGGCACUGACCUCUACAACGACCAUCCACAUUUGGAACAUAUUUGUCCCAGCAACCCUGGCAUCCAGUGCACACCAGAGGAAGAUCCUUUUAACCCUUGUGAGGACCUCCUGGGUCCCAUCCUGGGCAACAUCACCUGGAUAAUUGCUUUUUUGACCAUUGUUGCUAACCUCACUGUGUUGGCCAUCUUGCUUUUUACCAGUCGCAAGUUAACCAUCUCCCGGUUUCUCAUAUGUAACCUAGCCCUGGCAGACCUGUGCAUGGGUUUUUACCUGAUGCUCAUUGCCCGCAUGGACUGCCACUCUCGCCACGAGUACUAUAACUACGCCACGGAAUGGCAGACGGGCCCGGGAUGCGACAUGUCAGGCUUCCUGACGAUGUUUUCAAGCGAGCUAUCAGUUUAUACGCUCACUGUGAUCAGUUUUGAACGCUGGUACACUAUCAUCAAUGCCAUUGAUCUGAACAAAAGGCUUAGCAUGCACCAUGUGGUGGCCAUCAUGGUCGCAGGUUGGGCCUUCUCCCUUCUAGUUGCUCUGCUGCCCCUAGUGGGAGUCAGCAGCUAUGGCAAGGUGAGCGUCUGUCUCCCAAUGGAUAUCGAUACACGGGCUGCUCAGGCAUACGUGAUGAUCGUGCUCUCGCUUAAUGUUGUCGCAUUUCUGGGGGUGUGUUUCUGCUACGUGUGCAUCUACCAGAGUGUCCGCAAGCCGGCGCCCGCCAAUCGCUACAAUGACGCAAAGCUCGCCAAGCGCAUGGCGGUGCUCAUUUUCACCGACUUCCUUUGCAUGGCGCCAAUCUCCUUCUUUGCAAUCUCUGCAACCCUGCACAUGCCCCUUAUCACCAUGUCUGACUCCAAGAUUCUUCUUAUCAUUUUUUAUCCUAUUAAUUCUCUCUGCAACCCUUUUCUGUACACCAUCUUCACUCGAGGCUUUAGGAAAGAGGUGCGGCUUCUGCUCCGACGUUGGGGGGGUACUCUUAUAGCAUUCAAAGGGAAAGGCCCACAGUUCCCAAUUUACCUGCCUCCAAAUAAUGUCCAGCAGGAAACCACGCUUUAG